AGCCCCCGGCCGGGGCGAUGGCCGAGCUCAAGUGCCUGUCCGGAGAGGGCUACCUGGCCCUGGGCCCGGGCUACGGGCCGGUCGCCUUUCCCUACGGCUCCGUGGCCGGCCGAGGCUACCCGGGCCCGGCCGGGGGCGACUUCCCCCCGCCGGCCCCUCGGGGCCCGGGGCCAGGACCGGCCGAGAGCAGCGGCGAGCAGACGGGCGACGAGGAGGACGGCUUCGAGCCCAGGAAGAGCCGGGCCGGCCUGGGCCCCGACGGCAAGCUGCAGGCGGCCCUGGGCAAGAAGCCCCGCGAGCAGCGGUCCCUGCGGCUGAGCAUCAACGCCCGGGAGCGGCGGCGAAUGCACGACCUCAACGACGCCCUGGACGGGCUCCGCUCGGUCAUCCCCUACGCCCACAGCCCCUCCGUCAGGAAACUCUCCAAAAUCGCCACCCUCCUCCUGGCCAAGAACUACAUCCUCAUGCAGGCGCAGGCUCUGGAGGAGAUGCGGAGGCUGGUGGCCUACUUGAACCAGGGGCAGCCGAGCCUCGGAGGCCCCAUCCCGGCCACGCUGGCCCCCUUCGGACAGUCGGCCGUCUACCCCUUCGCGGGCGCGGCCCUGCCCGGCUGCCCCGAGAAAUGCUCCGCUUUCUCGGGGACCCCCUCCUCUCUCUGCAAACACUGUAACGAGAAGCCUUGAGUCGCUUGCUUCCCCCUCCUCCCCCACCCCUUCCACCCUCGACCUCCUUUUUCCCCUCUUUCCCCGGGGCCGUCCCGCCACUGACAUUGCUUUCCCCAGAUCGCGUUACUUCUUUUUACUGUCAUUAUUGCAGUAUUAUUUAUUAACGGGCUCCCUCUCCUUUGGAAAACCUCGACAAAAGCCAGCUCGGAGGAGCGCUUGGCACACAGUAAGCGCUGGACAAAUACCGUUAUUAUUCAAAGGAAGUUUCUGGCUCCCAAUCGGUUGUAUAAAAAAGAAAGAAAAAAAACACGUCGUGGGGGCAUCGUUCUCGUUGCAACUUUGCCCGUGCCCGCGUGCGUGGGAAUGUUUCUCCAGCCCGGAGUUCGGGACUGAAGAUUUGGCAUCGCUUUCCCCGUUCCAUCAACUCGCUUUGAAGCACUGCAGUCUAGCCAUUCGUCGAGGCCACCCUAGAGAAAAGGGGUUUUUUAAAAGGGAAAGUCUUUUUCCCUUACCUUACCUUAUCGGGAGCGACUUUCUCGGUAGCAGUGCUUGACUCCCCGGCUAACCGACCUGGCCAUACUAUGCAAAGUUCCCCGAAUUUUUACAGUCGUUCUAGGGAGAGGACGUUCUUUCACUGAGCGAUACGCUGCUCCAGCUGUCGAGUUAAACUUUCAGGCCAGUGAAGGUGGUGACGAGGUGGAAACUGGCGAAACUCGAGUUAAAAAGUUGAUAAAUUCCCUAGUUGGAUUACUACAUUUUCGUUCUCCACCGUGCGUGAUGAUCGCCUUCCAUCGGAUGACUUUUGCAAGUAAUCUUUUCCAGAUCUGUCUCGGCCUAGGACAUAAAAAUGGACUCGGGCUCUUUAUAUGUAUUGAUGACAAUAAAUGUUCAAAGACACUGCCAAAGCCUCCUUCUGUCCUGCAACUCUCUAAAUUGGUUAAUUCUCUAAAACAAAUACAGUAAGUACUGCAGUGAUGUAACCUAACCAGGGGAUCUGGUUCCUUACUGUAAUUUACCAUGGAUUAGAGUGCUGCCGGAAAUAUGAUUGAGGGGUAAUCAGAGAUUUAAAAAAAAAAAAACCACAAACAACUAUUGGAUUUAAAAGCUCAUCUCCGCUGCAUUUCUUUUUUCUGCGUGGCAGGAGAAGCAUGUGACUCACCUUUAGGCAAAGGUAAAUCUAAAGGAGCUCAUGGUGCUGCUAAUCUGGGCUGAGGUUGAUGGAGAUUUAACACUUGGAGUCCAAAGACUCUUCCUCCAAACCCUGAAACUAUCUUGCCGAAGUUAACUGGACCAUGCUUUCGUACAGACUUUCAUGGGCUCGACAGAAAUUAAAAAGUAGAAUUGAAGCUGCCUCCCAAUUUACCUGAUGCAGCUUACUUGUCUCUAGUGAUGUAGUUUGCAAAACACGCAAGAAUUCUACUGACCCGAGAGGUGUGUUCGAAGGGUGGGUCCUAUUUCAUGGGACACCGUUUCAUCUCUCUCCUACUGUUCUCCCUGUUUUUACAAUUUACAAAGGAAAGAUCUAUGUAGCUGAUUGAGAACUUCUUGGAAAUUGGGAAAAUACAAGAAAACACCAUUUUUCCAACGGAUAAUGCUGAGGGUAAAAUAUUCAAUAAUAAAUUCUCAAAAUAACUCUAUAUGACCAGUCAAUAUGGACAAGAUAAACACUGUAUGCUAUUUGCCCUAUUAUUUCUCUGUAAAGUGUAGACUCAAGUAUUAAGGAAAAUUUUAACUGUCAACAAUGUAUAAUAUUGCUAGAAUUUGGAAAGGAAGCAUUUUUAAAAUUUCUCUGCCUGGAAAGGGCCUCUAUAAAUGCAUAAAAAUCUUUCAUUUGAGACUACUACAGUUAAUAAUAUUAAAUAAUGGUUAAAGGUAAUUAUCUGUAGGAUCUCUUGUGUUUUAAUAUAAAAUUCUGACAACUUAUCUAUGAUCUAAGCUACAAAAUAAGUCUAAGAUCCCACAUGUUUUCAGUCAAUAGGAUGGUCCUAAUAGCUGCCUAAUUUCUUCUCCCCAAGAGGUGGAAAAAAAAAAUCUCCAGGCCCAGAAGAGAGGUUUAACCACAUUUAACCUAUAGGAAGAACAUUUUUCAUCUUUUACUUUACAAGGGCAGGAGGCAAAAUAAAAUGAAAUCCAGCAGAGGCAUGUGUCUCCCUGAAGUAGGCAAUGAUAGGCUAAGAGGAAAGCAAAUGAAAGGUAAGAUUAAUAGCAGUUAUGAUGGCAGAUAGACUAGCAGUUUGCUAAUUAAAGAUGUUAGAACAUAGAAGCAGCCAGGGAUCAGUGCCUUUUAAUGAGGAUGUUGUAGGGGUGAUUUAGCUCUAAUUUUCUGCUUAAUAAGGCUGGUUUAAAAAGUAAUUUUGUUGGGAUGUGACUCCCCUAAACCUGUUCAUUAUCAGUGAUGGGACUUCUCUUCAACACUUCGGGAAAUGUUGUGUUUAAUUAAUAUUGUGUCGGCGAGUGGAUAUGCUGACAGAUGAGGAAAAAAAUUGAUGAAGAACUUUCAAGGACAUUGACUUCAUUAAGCAGCUUCAUUAUAGCCAGAAUAACUGGCUAAAUAUGUCAUUUAAAAGAUAAUGUGCUCCUUUCAACUGUUUUUUUCCUUUUUUUCUCCCACAUAGGUGAGCAGGCAAUAUUUCCAAAAUAGGAAAAUGAAAAACAAGGUCAGAGGCCCUAGCACAUCAGACUCUACCAGAUGUUUGUUUUUUCUCUGAGGCACCA